CUUGUAGUUAUUGGUGGUCCGUACACCUUAGCAAAGUUGCUUUAAUUUUCUAGCAAGAGAAAAAAAAGGUCCAAAAAAAAAUCUCCAGAUUUUUCAAAUAUAAAAGGACCUACGAUUAUACUUUACUUUUUAACUUUUAAAGACAAGAAACAAUGUCCAAGUCAAUUGCCAUAUUUGGAGGCAGUGGGUUUCUUGGUCGAAAGAUCUGUGAAGUUGGUAUAGGACUUGGUUAUCAGGUCACCUCAUUUUCCAGAUCGGGGAAACCUCCAAGUAUCAAUGAAGCAUGGGUGGAUAAAGUUGAAUGGGUCCACGGUGAUAUAUUCAAGCCAGAAUCAUAUAAAGAGAAAUUGAAGGGGAAAUCGGCCGUUGUUCACUCUAUAGGACUUAUUUUGGAAAAUCAGGGCUAUAAAAAAUCUAUGAAUUCGAAUUUUAAUUUCUUAAGUGAUUUACAAAAUCUUGCUAGCUCUUUAAAGGGCCCCAACCCGAUGAAGAAGGAUCGUUUAAAUACCUAUGAAGCCAUCCAGCGUGAUUCUGCAGUGAUUUUGGCUGAUGCAUAUUUGGAGCAACAAAAGGAAGAUCCAACGUUUGUCUAUAUAUCGGCAGAUCAAAAGAUUCCAAUCAUUCCCGAAGGAUACAUUAAUACUAAGAGAGAGGCUGAAUUUGAAUUAUCUUGUAAAAAAGACUUGAGGUCUAUUUUUAUGAGGCCUGGUGUCUUAUAUAAUGAGUCUGACCCCCCCUUGAAUAACCGCAGAAUUUUCACUCAAUUCGUUGGCUUGGGUUAUGACAUCAAGAAUACAUUGUUGGGAAAUAACAUAGACUUCAUAAAUCAAUUAGUUAGACCUCCAUGUUCUACUGAGCAAGUCGCUACAAAGAUUUUUGCUAAAAUAGAGGAUAAGAAUGCUAGUGGUGUUGUUCUUUUAGAUGAAAUUAGAAAAUAGCU